AUACGCUCAUGGAAACCUUAAUCCAUCAAGUAUGCUUCCCGACUUACUUCCUACAAAACUCAAACUCAUCUAAUUUCAAAAGAAAAACCUUGUCCGAAUUGUAUCCAUUUCAAACAAAACCUUCGAAAUUUGGCUUCAUUUUUGCGCCACUACACGUCGUAAAAUGUGUGAAAGCAAAUUCCAAUCCGGGUCUGGGGAACAAAAAAAUGUUGGAAUCCUUUCCUUCAAUAGAUCCCCAUAAAGAUCUCAAGGUCGAAGUGCAAAACGCUUCAAUGGUCGUACCAUUAGACGUAACCGAAAGAAGGUCAAUGUUUCUAUCAAAUAUAGAUCAAUCUGUUAGUAAUAUUUACUGUGGUGGAAUACUUUUUUUUAGUUCUAAUCCAAAUUUCCCACCUGAUUUAAUAACCAAGAAACUUGAAUGUGGAUUGAAAAGAUUACUUGCAGAACAUUACGAUUUUUUAGCAGGAAGGUUGAAAUGGGACAGUAAACAAGGACGUUUUGAAAUUGAUUGUAAUUUGGCCGGAGCAGGUUUCAUUACGGCAUCUAGCAAGUUGUCACUGGAAGAGGUUGGAGACUUACAGUGCCCCGAUCCUGCUUUUGAAUAACUUGCGCCUCAAAAUUGGAAUCAUUUUUGGCCCAAAGAUCAUCCUCUUUUUAUAAUGCAGGUGACUUCAUUCAAGUGCGGUGGAAUUUCUCUGGCAUUAGUCUAUAACCACAAAGCAUUUGAUGGAAUUGGAUGCAUGGUUUUCAUGGAACAUUUAGCAUCUAUGUCUGCGGAUAGUCCUGAUCUACCCUACCCUCCUACCAAUACCCGUCACCUUUUAGAUGCUCGAACACCAUCCUGUGUCACCCAAAAGCACGUCGAGUUAAUUGAUCUAGGUAGUACCUUACAUGCAUCAACACCGUCGAUUUUCAUAUCAAAAACAGAUAAUCUUCAGCGUAAAAACCUUCUUUUAACAGCGGAAGACAUUGAAAACUUGAAGAAGCAAGCAAUGGUAUCAACUUGCAUUAGCGACACAAAAGAGGAUAAAUUUGAUUCUGGUGUCAUCACUAGUUUCAACGUCGUUGCAGCGCAUACAUGGCGCUGCAUGGCAUCACUCAAGUCCAAUAAAGAAAAUUCAGAAAAGCCGUCAACUUUUCUAUUCCCAGUAAACAUACGAGCUCGUUUAAGGCCACGGUUGCCACCGUCAUAUAUAGGGAAUACGCUUGUGAAUGGCUAUGGAAUGGCAAUGUACAAAGAAAUCGCUGAGAAGCCGUAUGCAUAUUUGGUGGGGAAAAUAGCAGAAGGAGCCAAAAGAGUGAAAGAUGAGUACAUAAGGUCUCUGAUUGAUUGGAGAGAGUUGCACAACGGGUACGUUCAUGGAGAUGUAAUGUUAACAUCGUGGUGGAAGAUCCCAUUCACAGAUUUAAAGUUUCCCUGGGGCAAGCCGCUAAAUAUCUGUCCCAUUGCGCAUCAAUGGAGCAAUUUAAUGAUAUUAAUGCAAGAUAACAGAGAAGUGGAGAACAAAGGAGUGAAUAUAUAUGUUUCUCUACCUAAAGAAGAUAUGGAGAAAUUUCAGAAUCUCUUCUACGAGCUCCUUUUAUGAAGAUCAUCCACUUAUCAACUGCACGCUACUUAAAUUACUGUUUAAUAUGUGACAAUCAUGCUUCAAAGAAUAAGAUUAGUGCAAAAACAAAAAAUAAAAAACAAUGCCAUAAUCACUCUUUAAUUAAGGGUGCAUUUCAUUGUUUUAUUCCAUUCCAUCAACGUGUGUGUAUAGGAAUUAGAAACAAUUAUGAAGUAAGCCCAUUUCAUGUUUCGAUUAAUAUCUUCUCGGCCCACAGUACUAUAGUUUGUCUUCAGCUCUACAAGUCAAGAAGCAAUUUCUUUUUGUUGAA